GGAGGGUCGUUGAAGACGUCGCCAUUCUAGGCGGCUAACGCUCAGUGACGGGACCGGGACAGCCAGGCCAUCGCCAGAGCACAGCUAGCCCAGGAGUCGCUCCGGGGCGGGGAACAAUGGCUGUCGACAGCAGCAAGUUCAACCAUUUGCCCCUUAGUCAGCUCAAUGAGUUCUUGGAGGAUGACGCCAAGCUGGGGCAGAUGGCCCAAGAGAUGGAUGAGGUCCAGAACGUGCAGCUGAACAAGGAAAUGACGCUUGCUGGGAACAGGAGCUUAGCAGAAGCGAACCUGCUUUACCAGCCUAAGCUGGACAACCUAAAAGCCACUCUAACCCAGAAAUACCAGGAACUGCAGACGCUUAUGGAAUCGCACCAGUUAAAGACUACCAAGCUGGAUCAGCAGUCUGUUAAUGCAUCACUGGAAACAUUAUUAGCACUUCUACAGGCUGAAGGAGCGAAGAUCGAGGAAGAGACCGAGAAUAUGGCUGAAAACUUUCUUGAUGGUGACAUCCAGAUGGAUUCUUUUAUUGAUGAAUAUUUAUCAAAGCGCAAAUUAGCACAUUUACGGCGUGUGAAAAUUGAGAAACUUCAAGAGAUGGUGUUGAAAGGACAGAGGCCUCCUCAGGUUUCUAUGCAACCUCCAAGACCUCCUGAAGUUGCUCAGCCCCCUUCCUCUUCAUACCCAGCCGCUUUCAAUACACCUCCUACAGUUCUACCUAGAAGAGCUGUUCCACCACCACCUGCACAAGCUGGAAUGUAUCCCACUCCUUUUGCAAUGGCCGCACAGCAGCCUGCUUCGGGGCUCCCUUAUGCAUCCUCUCCUUGUCCUCCUAUCCCCUCCAGGAUAGGCUAUCAGCCUCCAGGUCAGAUGCCACAGCCGGGCUACCCUGGACACUAUGCACCUCAGUAUCCCCCAGCUCUUCCUCAAAGACCAUCUCAACGGAUGCCUCCGAACCCUGGAUUCAUUUUGUAGUGAUAAAGCAUGAGUUUGCCUCCAUCAAACAUUGGUGCUCCCAACUUCACACCAGUUCUUUAGGCUGCAUAUGUACGUAUACAUAUUGGUAUAUACCUUAAGCCACAGGACUACUGUUCUUUUUAAAUGACUGGUGCCUCCGACCUUCUCUGUUCAGAUGAAAAUCUGUUUGUGUUGGGUGGUUGGAGAGAGAUUUUGUAGGUUUAGGUUUGGAAACAAAUGUGCAGACAGAACAGAGAUCACUUUCAUGAAGAGGGUUUUGACGUCCUGUGCCACUGUGUUGCUUUUUAUCCAUGCUGAAUUAUACUCGUGAAUGCUGCAUUGGAAUGAACAGUUCAAUUGUGUCACAGCCAUUGGUAACAUUAAAAUCAACUGCCAGUGUAUGAGAGAGAACAUGGAGAACUGCACUCAUCCAUUGCCAAAAUCCUCAGGUUUCGUGUAACCACGUCUGAAGAGGCCUGUGCAGAAAGCUGAACAGUGAGGUUUGCACUGCAUAUCUUGUACCCAAUUAUCAAUGUUUCUAACAAUUUAAUAAAGGAAGAAAAGAUCACAGUAAAAGACCUAGGACAUUAACAGGAUCAUUCAGGGAUUAGAAUGUUACUAAAUCUGUAAUGUGUGGAUGCAACUUUACUUUGUCUGACAGCGAUGCAUUUUGUAACUUAUGCACGUGGCUUUAAUGUGCCUUAGACUAACUGCUCACUCCUGGACGCAAGAGACGGCGUACCUGAACUGCAUUUGAUAUAUGGAUUACCUGCAACUGUCCUCCUACCAUUACAUGAGUAGAAUUUUAUUCAUUUCCUACCUUAAAUUGAAAUUGCUGUUUUAUUUAUGCAAAUUGUCAAGGCAUGGCCAUUCACUGCAGGUGGUCACUGUGAGAUCUAGCUAGCAUUUUAUAAUCAUGUUUUAUUGGCAACAGAGUAGGAGAAAGGUAUGGGUUCACCUUUGAACAGCUUUUUACGAGGGUGUGAGCCAUAUAAAAGAAUAAAUACAUCUGUAUGGAGUUGCUUCCUUCAGAGCUGCACUUCACUCUGCCCUGCAUAUGGAUACGGUAUAGCACAUAAUGAAAAUCACAUGAGCAAGAUCUGGGAAGGUCAGUAGGGAAUGUUGGAACAUUUCAGUUCAUUAGCCUGCAGAAUUGUGAAUGCAGCUGUGGAGUACUAACUGAGGAUCAGAAGAAACUGCACAUGUUAAGUUUUAGGAUUAAAGGUGAAUUGAAUUGCUACAUCGAUUCAGUGGGUAUUUUAAAGGUAGGGUAAAGCCAUAGGUUUGAAGCAUUUAAAGAACCAGUUUGAACUGGUAUGUGUUGGUGUUAUAUUGCACUACUGCUGGAGCACAGAUGUUUUCAAGAUUCAUUGUCUAUAUCCAGUCCCUUAACCAGUCUUCACUUACAUUUACAGGGUAUCUUUGCUGGUUUGUAACCUUACCUGUGUUGUGGUCUCUACAGCACCAAGAUGCUCUUAUUUACAGCUUGUCAUAUGAUACAUUUAUGGCUUUAUAUGUUAUUAUUCUUCCAUGGCUCAUUGAAAGAUCUUAGUAUAGAGAAAGCAACUCCAGUGAUACAAAUAACAUUCACUCAUUCUAUUGAAGCCCAGUGUAAGUGAUUUAUUUAGCAGUGUACCCUUCCUUACACCACAUCUGCACUGAAGACCAAAAGGGUUUGUGGUGUCCAAACCAGGAGCCUACUUGUUAUAUCCAGAGACUCUAAUCCCUCCAUGCAGACACUACCCUAGAACGUUUUAUAGUGGAAAACUGAUGUAAAGCUAUAUGUUUAGUAACUAAUGACUGCAGUUGUUAAUUUACUUGGAUAUUUUCAAUAAAUGACAAACCCCAGAUAUGAUUUUACACUUCUGAA